AAACCGCAACGCUCCCUCCCAGCAUCCUACUACCGCGGCGGCACCAGCCGCGCCGUCUUCUUCAACGCAACGGACCUGCCCCGCGACGCCUCGACCCACCCCGCAAUCUUCCGCGCCGUGCUGGGCAGCCCCGACGCCGCGCACCGGCGCCAACUCGACGGGAUGGGCGGGGGCAUCAGCAGCCUCUCGAAGAUCUGCAUCAUCCGGGCCGGAUCCACCCACCCCGCCGCGGACGUGGAUUACACGUUCGUGUCGGUCGGCGUGGUCGACGACAAGGUCGAUCUGACGAGUAACUGCGGGAACAUGAGUGCGGCGGUGGGGCCGUUCGCCGUGGAUGCGGGGUUGGUGCGGUCGCCAACGUUGAACGGGGACGAGGCGACGACGACGACGACGACGGUGCGGAUCCAUAAUACCAAUACGGGCAAGAUCAUUCACUCUACGUUUGCGGUGGUCGAGAGUGCAGCCGGAACCCAGGAGCCGCCGGUGUAUGAGGCGGCGACGAGUGGGGAGUUCGCCAUCGAUGGCGUGGCAGGCACGGCCGCGCGGGUGCAGCUCGAUUUCGUGGACCCCGCCGGUUCGGUGACGGGCAGGUUGCUUCCGACGGGGAAUGUGGUGGAUGCGUUUGACGUCGACGGAACAGCGGUGGAGGCGACGUGUAUUGAUGUCGCCAAUCCGUGUGUCUUUGUCUCCGCGGCGAAGCUGGGGGUCCAGAGUAACCUGACGCCCGAGGAGCUGACGGCCGACGGGGGGUUGUUGGAGAAGUUGGAUCGCAUCCGCCGGUUAGCCGGGGUGAAGAUGGGGAUCGCGGCGUCGCCCGAGAAGGUGCCCGGGAGCAUCCCCAAGAUCGCUCUGGUGGCUACCCCCGGGGAGGAUGCGCGCUCGGUCGCCACGGGUCAGACGCCGCAGAAGGUCGAUCUGGUGGCCAGAGCGCUCUCCGUGGGCCAGCCGCAUAAGGCGCUGCCCAUUACGGUGGCGUUGUCCCUGGCGGCCGCGGCGCGGGUGGAGGGGAGCACUGUGUCGCAGGUUGUGAAACGGGGACAGACGGUCGAUGCUGCCGGGCUCACCAUCGGACAUGCCAGUGGAAAUCUGUUGGUGGGGGCGGAAUUCGCCGAGGAUGGCAGUCUGCAAUCCGGUCGCGUGUUCUCGACCGCGCGGAGGUUGUUUGAGGGAAGGGUGUUCUGGAAA